CAAUGGGCCCCUUUGAGGGUAGAGUGAGGGCUAAGACAGGAUUAUGGUUUAGGGUUGAUUGUGAUAAUUUUGAGACCUCUGCUUUCGUUGUGAGGUAGAUGGUUGGUACCUUCUCAUCAUGAUUAAUUUCGUUGAAGCAUAAAGUUGGUUGCCCAAGGAUGGUUAUUCUUUCUUGUCAUACCCAAUCAGAAGUAAUGCUUUUAUUCAAUCUGAUAGGAAUGACGAUAUAUUAUUUUUCUGGACUUGCAAAGAUAGCAACUGGCAUCUGUUUAGAUACCUAUGCUGUUUGUUUAUACCAACAAAAUGGUUAAGUUAUCUGAAGUAACAUCAAGUGCAAGUGUCACUGUGUGUGAGAGAUUGAUGCCUUUCUUGUACUGGUCUUAUUGCUGCAAGACAAGUUUACCUACCUGGAAGUAAUGUUCAGAGUCAUAUGCCCAAAUAGAAUAAUUCUUCCUAGUCCAUCAGUAGAAAACGUUCCAGUGUCAAUUGUAGUUAAUUCCAAUUAUUAAGGGUGCUCGAGUUUUGGAUUUCUUUGUGUUGAUUGCAGUGGUCUUAUGCUCUAGUUACUUGCAAAAAAACUUUGCAAAGUAUCAUGUGGACCAUACAUGAACAUAGCACAUAAAACCAAGGCUCUUGACUCGUGCACAGUGAGGAUUGUUUAAGAUUGAUACAAUAACGUAUAUCCAGUCAGGAAUUAAGGUAUAUACAUUCUAGCAAGUGUUACUAGUACACUAGCUAGAGCCCUAAUACCAAUUUCACUUUUAUCCCUUGCAUUGUUACAUAAGGUAUUUCUUCUCACUGAGGCCACCCCAUGCACGCAAAAUGCUAAAGCAAUCUCACCAAGUAACCUUUCCUUUGACACCUGCAACCCAAAACAUUUUAAAGCCUGCAACCAUGUCCAAAGUCUCUUCCCAACUCUCCAAUCCUGUGAAUUUGUGACAAGUGAAACCCAAGUCAGUGUAGUGCUUCAAGAUCUGCACACCAUGGAAACGCCAAGAAGUUGCAGUUCAUCGUCAUGCUUGCUGAUGGUCGUGCUAGCACUAGCCCAUUGGUGCAGCAUCGCAACGGCGAGCUGCAGCUUCACCGUAUCCAACUACUGCUCCCAGCCCAUCUGGCCGGGGACGCUCGCCGGCGCGGGCACGCCGCAGCUGCCCACGACGGGGUUCAGGCUCGACCCGGGGCAGACCGUGCAGGUCCCGGCGCCGACGGGGUGGUCCGGCCGGUUAUGGGCGCGCACGGGCUGCGCGUUCGACGCCGGCGGCAAUGGCACGUGCCAGACCGGCGACUGCGGCGGGCGCUUGGAGUGCGCGGGCACCGGCGCCACGCCACCGGUGACGCUGUUCGAGGUCACGCUGGGGAAGGCCGCCGGCGACCUGGACUACUACGACGUGAGCCUCGUCGACGGGUACAACCUGCCCGUCGUCGCCGUCCCGCGGCCGCGGCAGGGCGCCGGCGGCUGCAACGCCACCGGCUGCACGGCCGACCUCAACCGCUCGUGCCCCAGGGAGCUGCAGGUGGACCGCGGCGGCGGCACGGUGGCGUGCCGGAGCGCGUGCGAGGCGUUCGGGCAGGACCAGUACUGCUGCAGCGGCGCGUACGCGACGCCGACGACGUGCCGGCCGACGGCGUACUCGUCCGCCUUCAAGUCGGCGUGCCCGCGCGCGUACAGCUACGCCUACGACGACGGCUCCAGCACCUUCACCUGCGGCAGCGCCGCCGACUACACCAUCGCCUUCUGCCUCCCUCCCUCCGGGUUGCAGAGUCCCGGAGCCGUACCCCUCGGAUCGCCGCCGCCGGCCUAUGGACAGAGCACUAGUGGCGGCACCAGCGGCGCCGCUGGCAGCACGCCCCCUCCUGCUAUAGGCAACAAUGGCGUCGGGAGCAUCAGCCCACCGCCUCCUACUACUGACAACAAUGGCGUCGGGAGCACCAACCCACCACCUGACAACAAUGGCGUCGGAAGUACAAACCAGCCGCCUGCUAGUACUGACAACAAUGGCUUCGGAAGCACCGAUCAGCCGUCUCCGGCCGCCACCUACGGCGCUGGAAGCACCGAUCAGCCGCCGUGGAUGAUGCUGUCGUCAGCGAGCAUGCUGCACGAGCAGCUGUCGCUUGUCUUGCCUGCAGUGCUCUUGUUCCUCCUCUGGUCGUUCUCACCAUGAACGUUGUCACUUGUCAGGCACAGCUCUUGUAGGAUUCACUGACAGUAGCUCCCUGGACUCAUGUACAGUAGCAGUAGUAAAAUCCAUCAGGCCCAAUUGAGAAGGAAACAUGUACAGAUUGAUUUCUUUUAUUCGGAUUAUAGAAAAUAAAGACGACGUUCAGUUAUUCCAUGAAUUCAGUUACUUUGUUUCAGGUUGA